AUGUGGAACGAGAAAGAUGAUGUUUUCAUGAAAGAUGUACCAUACUUUUGUUAUAGUCAUUUACUUGGAAGACUUGAAAUAUCUACAAUAAUUCCUGCUUCAUCACCGAAAUUUCAAGAAAAUAUUACAACUCCAGAACCAGAGAAGCCAAUAGACCGAGUCUUAAAUAGUACGCAUAUUAACACAGCAAUGCAAAUGGCAAAUAAUAGUCAAUAUCAUAGAAGAAUGGUUUUUGGUAGAAGCAAUGGGCACUGGGUAAUUAAUGGUGAAACUUGGGACACAUUCAGAAUUGCUGCUGCAGAUGUUGGACAAAAUACAUGGGAACUUUGGUUAUUUGAAACCGGUGGUGGAUGGUUUCAUCCUGUACAUAUGCAUCUUGUUGAUUUUUAUAUUAUUAAACGUGAGGGUGACACGGGAUUAAGAAGUUAUGAGAAAUUGUCACCAAAAGAUGUAUUAUUUUUGGGAGAAGGAAAUAAGCUUUGGGUAAUAGCAAGAUUUGGUGCUCAUAAAGGCGAUUAUAUGUUUCAUUGUCAUAAUCUUAUUCAUGAAGAUAAUGAUAUGAUGAGAGCAAUGCAUAUUAUUGAUGGUCAACAUGGACUCAAUUCUCCAACAGCAGAACCAUUUAUUACUAAUGGUUUUGCAGAUAUUAUUUACAGCAAUUGGAAAUAUAGUGACCCAAAUUUGAAUGACACUGCUGCAAAACCCACAUCUAAAAUGCCAUUAUUUGACUCAACUUAUAUCCAAAACAUGUUGAAUAAUAAUGUUUAUAGAAUUUUUUAUCCAUUUCCUUCUGACGCUGCUUUGAAUGGUUUGACAAAUCCUUGGAGAUCUAGGUGGUGUGCAGCAUAA